AUGGGGAUGGGCGAACCUCUGGGGAAUCCGAAAAUAUUUGAUGCCCUUCGCAUCCUGACAGCUUCGGAGCUUUAUGGAAUGUCGGCACGGAGGUUGAAUGUUUCGACUGUCGGGGUUCUUCCGGGCAUCGUGAAGCUGACCGAGGAGUUCCCACAGGUAAACUUGGCAUUUUCCUUGCAUUCCCCUUUCACGGAAGAAAGAAACAAGCUUGUGCCGCUCAACAGGAUGUUUCCGAUGGAGGAGGUGUUCAAUGUUCUAGAUCAGCGCAUUCGCAGCACUGGCCGGCGCAUCUGGAUCUGCUACUUAUUGCUGCAGGGCAUCAAUGAUUCCGCAGACCAUGCUCGGGCUUUGGCCCAGCUGAUUCGAGACCGUCCCACGGAGACGCGGUACUUGUACCACGUCAACUUACUCCCCUACAAUGUGGGUCGAGCCGUCCCAGAGAAGUAUAGCAGAGCUCGCCCUGAAGGAGUCGAGCAGUUCCAGCGAAUCCUACAGCAGAAGCGUGUUUCCUCCUCCUAUCGAAAUUCCUUCGGUCAUGGAAUCGAUGCUGCUUGUGGGCAGCUUUUUGCGGGCUAUGAGGAGGUGGCAGCAAGAGCUGCGCGACUAGGUCCGGACCAACCGACUCCGCUUCCCAAAGCUGCUGAGAUGCUGGGAAGCGAGUGA